AACAAAACAAAAAAUGCAUAAUUUUUCCCCGUAAAAUUUGAUACAUAAAUCAGUACUAAAGAGGCGAGGGAGAACAGUUUAGCUGACUGCUUCUUAGGAAGAAAAUGGCCGCGUCUGGGACAUUCCUACUUUCAAAGUUUGCUGAUAUUGGGCAGUAUAUCUUUGGUCCAAGGCUCUAUCGUUUGUAUCAACUAAAUACACAGACAGCAAGAAGAGUUUUAGGACGACAAUAUGUGCUAACAACCCAUGAAUGGUUGGGAGAAUCAUUUAUCCGAACUGUAUCGUAUGCAUUAUCAGUUACUUAUUAUUUUUCUCCAUUCAUUGCAUAUUAUGUUUAUCAAAAAGGAAUUUUCAGCUCAACGGAACAGUUAUUAUAUUACAUGAAAUUUUGCACUGGUGUAGUUUGUGGGCUGGCCAUUGCAUAUGUUAUACGAGGUUAUGGAAGAUGGUGCAAUAAUGACUAUAGAAUAUUCCAUGGCAUUUUAACACAAGCUCUACGAAAUAAGAAUGAAAGGGGUAUGCUUCAACUGUAUGAUUUUGAAUUCUCAGCAUGGCCUGUUGAUUUUCGCUAUGAUGAAAGUGUUAUAACAAGCCAAGUCAAAUGCAGUGAUACAGACGUUUUAAAGUCAUCUUUAUUUUCAAAAUUAUUUAAACUACCAUAUAACGCAUUUGAGUACUUUCUUGCACAUGCAUUGGCACGACCAAUGGCUUUUCCUGGUUCGAUUAAGUUGUUACAAGCUGCUAUGGGUCCUGCUUUAUCGCAAGGCCGAUGGGCUUUAAUAGAAAAGAAUGGACUGCGUGCAAAGUUGUUGACAAAAGAUGGCAAUGAAAUAGAUACAAUGUUUAUUGAUCGGCGAAGUGAACGCAAUGACGAUGAAGGAAAUACGCUGGUGAUAUGCUGUGAAGGAAACGCAGCAUUUUAUGAGGUUGGAUGCAUGGGAACUCCAUUAAAAGGCGGAUAUUCUGUGCUUGGGUGGAACCAUCCUGGUUUUCUAGGAAGCACUGGGCUCCCAUUUCCAAACUCUGAAGAGCAUGCAAUCGAUGUUGUUGUACAAUAUGCCGUGACAAGACUUGGAUUUCGUGUUGACAAUAUUAUUAUGUUUGCUUGGUCUAUUGGUGGCUACACAGCGGCAUAUGCUGCCAUGAUGUAUCCAGAUAUUAAAGCUUUGAUAUUAGAUGCGACUUUCGAUGACAUCAAUCAGUUAGCUUUAACCAGAAUGCCAGCGUUUGCAGGUGGUAUAGUGAAAAGUAUUAUCCGAAACUACAUGUCGUUAAAUAACACUAAACAUGUUAUCAAGUUUCCUGGUCCCAUUCGAUUGAUACGAAGACAAAGAGAAGAAAUUAUCACAACUACACCAAACGAUCCUGGAACUAAUCGUGGUAAUUUCUUACUGGUAAAAUUGUUGAUGUACAGAUAUCCACUUAUCAUUUCAAAAGAAGGCUUAAAAGUAUUGUGGCAAUAUCUUUGCGCAGCUGAUGAACCCAUGCAAGUUGGCAUAAUACAAAGCAUUGGUGGUAUAAAUGAAGAAGAAUGCGAAGCAAAGUUAGCCGUAAAAGAUGGCCAAACGUAUUACCCUUCAACAUUAGGUCAAGAUUGGUCAGAAGAAGAAAAAAUAAAAGUCACAUUAUAUUUAGCAAUGAAAUAUAUGGAUCACUUUGACGCUACGCAUUGCAUGCCGCUUCCAUAUUCUUACUUUCAGUUACCAUGGCAACACAGUAACCUGUAAGAAGUCAAAAUAAUGACACUCACCGUGAAGGUUGAUUUCCACGAGAUUCUGUGGUUAAUUUUUAUUUUAACGCGAAUUUUUUUCAAGUAAAGUCAAAUAAAAAACGCUGCACAUUUGGCGGGCAAAUUUGUCUUGUGGAGGUCUACCUUGAUUGUUUAGAACUAACUUUCGAAUUCGAAUGUAUCUAAACUUAUGUCAAUUGCAUCUGUAAAUAUUUUUAGGAAUAAAAUAAAUUUUUUGUGAAAGUUUAGAAUGAAGAAGUGUGUCAAAUUA